AUGACCAAAAGAAAAGAGCAGCAUUACGAAGUGCAAGUAACCGACGAGAACGAUGUAUUGAAAAUAACGGCCUUGGGUGCUGGAAAUGAAGUUGGGCGUUCCUGUGUUGUAAUUCAAUACAAAGGAAAAACUGUCAUGCUUGACGCUGGAGUUCAUCCAGCAUACAAUGGCAUCGAAGCGCUACCCUACUUUGAACAAAUAGAUCCUUCUACUGUGGAUAUAUUACUUAUAAGCCAGUACGUUAUCUGGGGAAUAAUCAUAGUAGAUUAUCAUGCUGCAUCGUUGCCUUACUUUACGGAGAUGACAACAUUCCAAGGCCGCGUGUUUAUGACCCAUCCAACAAAAGCUAUCUAUAAAUGGCUACUGUCAGACUAUGUUCGAGUCAGCAACGUCUCCGUGAGCAAUAAUCUGUACAAUGAAGAGAAUCUCAUUCGUAGCUACGAAAAAAUUGAUGCGAUUGAUUAUCACCAAGAAGUUGAGGUUGAAGGCAUUAAGUUUACUAGUUACAAUGCAGGGCAUGUAUUAGGCGCAGCAAUGUUUCUGAUUGAGAUCGCUGGAGUCAAGCAUAUAUUAGACGCGCUUUCCCAUUCACUACCAAAACUUGACCCUCUUCCAACCCCAUCAAAGAUUCUCUACACGGGUGAUUACUCCCGCGAAGAAGACAGACACUUAAUGGCCGCCGAAGUCCCACCUGUACAACCUGACGUCCUAAUAACGGAAUCAACCUACGGUGUGCAAUCGUACCAGCCACGUCUCGAGAAGGAAUCUCGCUUUACAAACUUGGUUCACAGUAUCACUUACAUUAACAUGAUGAAUGCAAGAAUACGAAAGCAAUUUGCUGUUAGUAAUCCGUUUGUGUUCAAACAUAUUUCAAAUUUGAAAAAUAUGGAUAAUUUCGACGAUGUUGGGCCAUGUGUGAUGAUGGCCAGUCCAGGAAUGUUGCAGAGCGGGUUGUCACGAGAACUGUUUGAAAGAUGGGCACCAGACCGAAGAAAUGGCCUUGUUAUAACGGGUUAUUGUGUCGAUGGGACCCUAGCGCGCCAUGCGAUGACAGAACCUUCGGAUAUACCCUCAAUGUCUGGUGCCAAAAUUCCAUUGCGCAUGUCAGUUGAUUCCAUCUCCUUCUCUGCUCAUGUGGAUUAUACCCAGAACAGCCAAUUUAUUGACGAGGUUAAAGCUCCACAUGUUGUACUCGUACAUGGAGAGACAAACGCAAUGGGAAGAUUGAAAAGCGCAUUGAAAAGCAAAUACGCUGAACGAGAAGAAAACAUUAACAUAUACACACCGAAGAAUUGUGAGAUUGUUAAAUUGCAUUUCCGAGGAGAGAAGAUGGCGAAGACUAUCGGUACCUUGGCAUCAAAAUACCCAACAGAGAACCAGAUAGUUACUGGCAUCCUCGUGUCUAAGGAUUUUCAGUUUAAUAUCAUUUCCGCCAGCGAUCUCAAGGAAUUUAGUGGUAUUGCCACGAGUUCUAUUCUCCAAAAGCAGACAAUUGGUUAUCGUGCUAGCUUCUCGUUGUUGAGAUAUCAUCUCGAGCAAAUGUUUGGCGUGCUAGAAGAGAUUGUAGAUAAUGAUGAGGUCGUUGGGCUAAAGAUUUUGGGUGUUCUCUCGUUAACACAUACCAGUGCAAAAUACGUGACUCUUGAGUGGCUUGGGAACUCGAUAAAUGAUGUCAUCGCCGAUUCAGUAUUAACAGUAAUUCUUAAUAUCGAAAGUAGUCCUGCAUCAGUCAAAGUUACCAAGCCACCACACCACUCCCAUUCACACACAACUACUUCUGAAGAUAUACUCAAUGAUGCCGAGCGUUUCCUUAAGCAGCAGUUUGGGGAGGUGAGACGAAAACCGGAUUCGAACGAUGAGGUCCUAAUUGUUUCUAUUGAUGAACAUACUGCGGAAGUUAAUGUUAAAACUAUGGAUGUGAACUACGGCGUCAAACCAAUAAUUAUUAAUCAAUUUGUUUCGGGUCAUGGAAUAGGAGAUUCAGACCGACCAUGA